CUAUCCGCUGGGUGGAUGUCACAGAGCCAUAGUUCGGCUGGCGUGUAGCAGCAGGAGUGAUACUUUAAUUUCUGAUAGGGAUUUCGGACAUCUCUUUAUUUUUCCCCCACCCUUUUUUUAACCGCUUACAGCCGCCGUCGGUAUUUAUCGGGAAUCUUUAAGGAGUAAAACUUUUGAAAUGUUUUUCUUUACGUCCACGGACGGCUCGACGUGGUUCCUGGUCAGUCAUCGACUCCGCCAGUGGACAGUCCGGAGGACCCAGCGAUUUCUUUGAAAGUCUCUCUUUUUUUUUAGAUAAUAAUUUUCAACGAAUUCAUCUUGUAUCUGCGCCUCGUGAUGUAUUCUACCCACCGAGGCGCACAGAAGGGCUGAUUAGAGAAAACCGGAGAUCAAUCGGCAGACCUGGAAGCUGACAGCCUCCCAACUUUUCUCUCUUUUUUUUCCAGGCAACGCGAUUAAAGAUGUUAUUCGAAUGAUGUUGUGAACAGUUAAGGGUUCGGGACACCGCCUUCGCCUGGGCAUUAAACUGAGCUUUCGAGGGGGAGACACCAGGCAAAGUAGCCGUGGAUAUCAUGAAACACACACAUCAGCAGGAGGGAGACGAGAAGCUGAUUGAACUCGCAUAUUGAAAACAAAAUCCUUUUCCGUCGUUGUUGUUGUUGUGUUUUUGAAGACGUGGGGGCAAGGAGACGGCCUUCCGCUGAAGCAAAAUAGACUUUUGUGAUUUACAGAAGUGUUCUGGAGCUCCGGGGGGGGUCAGAAGUCCAACACCCAUUUUUUGUUUGGCGUUGUGGCUCGCCUCGGUUCAUCUGCUCACAGUUGUCUUUGCCUUCGCGAAAUGGAUACGGCCUCGUCGUCUACGCUGGAUUCAGAGGACUGCAGUCCCAGCUGCAAGAGGCGCCGGACGGUGGAGGAUUUCAACAAGUUCUGCACCUUCGUUCUGGCGUACGCCGGCUAUAUUCCUUACCCCAAGGAGAUCAGUUACAGCGCGGGCAACUGCAGUGCCAGGCUGCCCCACACACUGCCCCGCCAAAGCUCCUCCUCCUCCUCUUCCUCCUCCUCCUCCUCCUCCUCCUCUCUGUCCUGGAGGGACCCCCCUCUCCCAGGGUAAGAGGGCCAUUCCAGACUCCAUGCUCAUCCCUGCCUCUGAAUGCCAUGCUCUACUCUGUACACGCCGGCAGCACGCGGGGUGGCCUCAGGCCAGCCUAUGGCGCUGAGCUGCGGAGGCAAGAGAAGGGGGAGAUCGCCCUAGCACUGUGGCCCCCCCAACACCCUAACUUCCCAAGCCCCCCCCCACCACACCUGCUUCCCUUUUCCGAGACUGUGCCCACCUGAGGAGCGAGACCCCAGCCAGCAGAGACCCUGCCUGGGGUGUUCAGGUGUGGGUGCGUGAGUUUAUGUAGCGUUAAAGCCCCCGGCGCUUCUUUUUCUGGUUCCCGAAUGGGGUCCGUUUGGGCCCGAGAACCGAACUCUGUAGCACAGUAUCGGCAGCUCCGCCCGUCCAGCGAUACGGAAGGGAGGGUGCGAGUGGGAUAGAGGGAAAACCCGUUCUGUUCGUGGAAAGCUAAGUGUAAAAAGAAAAAAAAUGAAAAGCCGAGCUGACAGCGCUGAGGAACAGAAUCGGGGGAGACAAGCAGGUAAGCAGAGGAAGUGCUGAGGCUCCUGGAAGCGUCAAGCAGCUGAUGAGGACACUGCUGCCGGCUGUAAAGAUUCCCUUUAUCCAGCCCGGAGCAGCUUGACAUGUCUCAGGCUUUCCUCCAGGGAGGAUCCACCCAACGUGGAAGAGAAUCUCGGGAGCAGUGAAGCUCCUGAACAGGCAAGCUGAGGCACAAGGCGUUUUGGAGCACUGUUUCAGACAGUUGCGUUAAUCGCGUUACUGGUUCCGCAUUUCACACCAAAGGGAUCCCAAUUCCGGGGUGGUGAUGGAAACUCCACACCUAACGCGCCUCCCGACCCGAAACGGAUCGCAGGCCGUGGGAUCUGAGCCUCCGCGAAGCGGUGCAUCCGGGCAGGGGAUUCCUGGAGUUUUGAACCAAGGUGCCUCCCUGGGUCUGGACUGGAGGAGAGCAGAGAUUGAGGAAGAAACGGAGCCUGGGAGCGCCGGAAGGUUAAUGGGCACUGGUCGGGGGGAGACCCGCUGGCGAAGAAACCUGCCGACUUCGGGGGCCGGUGUA